AUGACGACGGUCGAGGCGCACAAGAAGGCGCCGCCAGAGACGGCUGAGUCGAUCAAUCUACGCAGCAAGAUUGUCAUCUCGUUCUGGGCUGUGAUAUUGCUGCUUGGCCUGCCAACAUGGCUCAAGACUACCCAAAUUUAUCGAGCCAGCCUUCCGCUGCAGGACAUGCUCGCUCUGAGCGAAGGCGAGGCACGACCACUCCUCAUCUGUACGAAACCGACACCAAUCGUCCCUGUCCAGGUCUGGCUUGAUCUUCCUGGUGUCCUAUGUCCAGAUGCUCAGACCAUUGUCCAAGAAACGCAAGUCGAGAUCGAGAGCCUCCACCGGUCACUCCCGCUUCGUCCAUGGCUACGUCUGGUGCACAAUAAGGAAGAUAGAGGCCCCAAAUGCGGUCCCAGCACUGAAGAGCUGCGCGAAGAGAGCCCCGAUCUAGAGGUCCGCCUGGGAGGAUCCGGAGAACCAUAUUCGUUCGACAUCCUUCCAGGUAAUACAAAGGCAUACUUUCGAUACGCCCCGAGCCAGAGAGCUACACUGCCGAAGAGUCUUGCCGCAUCUGUCUCUGACAUCUUCUCCAGUGAAAUCAUCGCUCAUCUGCUGAACAUCAAUAGCCUCGUGUCCAAUCAUGCGUAUCAGGACGCACUACCACGAUACUCUGCCGACGCAGUCCACGAGGUUGAGCUCCAGAUGGGACGGGCCGCGAAGAUCUCGCCACAGUACCAUGCAACUUUCUCGUUGUUCUCCGCUGGCGGCUCGCCGUCGAGCUGGGACAUACAAAAAGCGCUGGAUAAACAUAUCCAGCCACUUGUCUAUGCUCUGCGAAAGACCGCCAGAAUCGCGCUCGGGACGCAAGUUCAACUCUUCUCCUCAUACUCACCGUCCAUACAGCCCAAGAAGAUUGAUGGCGCCGAGGGACACUUCCUUGAACAGAAAGACCUGACGUCCUUCGUCAAUGCAGCCGAAUGGCCACUCUCGCCAUCGGUGGGUGAUGGUCCGACCUUGAACUUCAUAGCCUAUGUGCCCUCGAAGGCCGAUGUACCUCUGGGUGUCAUGGACAGUCCGGGAGGAGCAUGGCUCGUGCCGCAAUGGGGAGGCAUCAGUAUCCUGAAUCUGGACGUUAUCACGGAUCACGAGUUUGGGAGCACUGAACUGCCUUCGCAGGUGCCAGAAGAAAAGCUCGCAUCAAUGUUCGAGACAUUUUCCACACAGUUUCUAGCGCUACUUGGUGUUCCGACCUUGACAUAUGACGGCCCUGUCGCCGAAAGACUACUGCCACUUGCUUUCCGACUCCAGGCACACCAAAGAAUCUCAGCAUUACAUUUGCAUCUCAAGGCUGCAUCAAGUCUUGCAUCUUUGGCAAGGCUCGCAAAGCAUUUGCACACUAUCCCAAUUCCAAAACACGUUUCUCAGCUCGUCGACAACACGAUGUCCAACCUCACAGCGUCGGAUGCGGCUAUGCUCGAAGGCAACUGGGAUGCUGCAAUCGAGCAUGCCAGUCUUGCAUAUACUGACAGUGAGAAGGCGUUCUUCGACAAGUCCAUGGUCGGACAGGUCUACUUCCCAGAUGAGCACAAAGUUGCUGUCUAUCUUCCAUUUCUGGGUCCGAUCGCUGUUCCAUUGGUGGUCUCGUUGCUGCGGGAGAUCAAGCGAUUUCUCGAGAUCAUCCGAGCCCGAAAAAAGAGGUCGCCGUAA